GGGACCUUUAUACUUUUUGAAAACUAAUUUAAUGUUUCUAAACAGUAAUUUAUUGAAACAUUAAUUCUUCGGAUUUUCUUCUCAUAUGAAAAGGAACCAUGAACACGAACUCUAAUUUAAUAAUUCCUUUACAACCUAUGAUAUUUGGGACUCUUAUCUACAUAUUACAGAAUACAAAGCUUGCAAUACACUAGGUAACAAAGAUAUAGGGAUAAAAAAAUAGAAAUUUAGCAAUUACAUGUUUAGCUUUAUUUUGGACCAAAAUUUUAGAAGUUAAUGAUGGAUUAAUUCUUUGCGGAUUAGGCUUGUGCUGGAGUAUUCAUAUUUCAAACAAUUUAUUUCAUAAUGGUAACUAAACCAGAUUUAGCUCCGAGAAAAGAAAAAGCAAUGAGACGAGUGCAUUUUGUAAAAGAUGAAGAUCUACCCAUUGUAUUCCCACACUCCUGUAUCAGAACCCCUAGGAUAACCUCAAGAGCAGUGGAUUUUAUCUUAUGCAUCAAACAUAACGAGUUGAUUUCGAAUGAGAUACUCAGAAAAGGAAUGUUCCACGGAGCUGCAGUGACAGUAAUGAUGGAUCUACUUGCUAAUUAUCCAAAUGGAACUCUUCUAGACCUUGGUUCUAAUCUUGGUUCCUUCAGUGUUGCUGCAGCAGCAUUCAAUUACAGUGUUGUCUCUGUUGAUCCGUUUCUGCACAAUCAUGCUUAUUCAAGGUUGAGUACCUCGUUACUUGGAUCCCAGAAAUAUGUAACCUACAUUCAAAACACUGUCAGCAAUGGCACAGAACCCCUUUACCCCUGGUUCAGGGAGCCAACUAACCAAGGUCGGAUUUUCUUCGUAAACAAGGAAUCAGCUGACAAGCUUCCGGUUGAAGAAAUAGGAUCUCCUGUUCAUCCUGUAAAUCUUGAGGAUAUUUUGGAGACGAUAACAACAGAAAUUCUAAUAAUUAAAAUAGAUAUAGAGGGUCACGAAUGUAAGGCUCUACUUCCAUUUCUAGAGAGACCCGAGAAGACGAAAUACGUGCCAUACAUUAUGAUGGAGUGGGUGAUUAUAAGAAGAAACAGAGAAGGACUUUGCCCAAAUCUUAAACAACUUGUGAAGGCCUUUCUUCAAGCAGGAUAUUUUCCGGUUGGGAUGAAUCUAAGAAGAGUCAGCCUGAAAACAGCCAAGUAUUGGGAUGAUGUUAUCUGGGUUCAUCAACAAGCAAUAUUCUAAUUUUCAUCAAAAUGUUUUUGCGGAAAGAGAGAGUUUCUGAAAAUUAUAUGAAAAAUUGA